AAAUCAUCGCGUCACCUUUCAUUCGGCGUCUUAGUCCGGGGAAACGUGCACCGCAUCAAACCUUGACCUAAGACUCUUUACAGUUUAAUCGCCAUUUUACAACUUUAUCUAACCCCCAGAUGGCCAUGACUGAGACAUCUCCUCUCCCUACUGAUCGUCAAGAACGCCCAGGUCGCAGACGGCCUUUUACAACAUGGGUCAAGAAGCUAGCCAACUUCAAGAAUGCCGCUUCCUCCACCGAGGGCGGUCGACAUAACCAUUCGAAACGCGAUGCCAUUCCCAAGAAUUCCAAGAAACGUCCCUCGAAGAAUAACAAUCCAUACCCACAGUCCGGACGCAUCGGUAUCGCCAUACCAACCCACCAGACCCCGGGGAGUCGAUCUUCUAUGCGAACAUCUACCGAAGAAGCCGCGCCUCCCACCGCCGGUGCCCCGUCUAUAGCACAUACCGUGUGCACCGACUACGAAGCCACCCAAUCUCUCCAUGCUCCUUCGCAUAUGGCAUCCUCGGUAACAGGCACGAGCCGCACCGCCGGUGGAGGUCUCGACUCUCGAAAAGGAGGAGACAGCACUUUCUCCUCCCCUGCACCCUCUGUGCGGUCUCUAACGACUACUCUCACCACUAUCCAGUCUUUGGGGCCAAAUGCCGCAGUCAACGGUCCGGCUCAAGGAGGUCACUCAUCCAACCAAGGCAACCAAAGCAACCAAGGCAAUUAUCAGACUAUCCAAUUUACCCAACCGUUCCCCACCAGUUCUCCCGCCUCCGCCAUCCCCCCGUAUCUUGCACCUCAUUCGAACCCGACCACCUACAAUACAGCCACCGCAAAUAACCUUCUCACUGAUAAUGCGUCGAUCCUCACGCUAGCUUCCUCCAGCAAGAGGCGCCGUCGAAGAUCUAUGGACACUGACGCGUCGGUACGUGCCCUCGCGCCAUCCUCCCUGUGGGGAGGGAGCCGCGAGUCCCUACCGCUUAGCGUUCUCAGUGCCAAUAUCGACGGUAGCGGUGGUCGUGAUAUGUCUACCCCAGGUCUGCACCAGUCGACCUCACGGAUCGCCGGAGCCAACGAACGUACGAGUAUCUACUCUACAACUGGAAUUACUCCCACUCUAGCCGGCGAACGCAACAGUUUUUAUGCAAAGCAAAGCCUCGCCGGGGACGCCGCCAGCGUCCGCAGCGGCCUAUUCAACCACAACCGUGCCGAUAGCAUUAGUGGAAGCGUUGGUGGCGUAAACAGCCCGCUUGCAUCCCCGCGGGAGGCGGCGGAGAAGGGUGCCGUAGCUGAAGAAAAGGACGAGAACCUCGUGACGAAGGAUUAGGAGUAGAAGAGAUAGGUUUAAGAAGGGCAGGUACCGAAGAAAGGACUUAUUUUGAUAGCAGGCGAGUCCUUCGUAGCGUAGUGAUUUGGAAGAAGUUCUUCUUAGUGUUCAGCAGGUUACUGGCAGAUUAGGGUAGACGGGUAUGAUAAUGUUUCUUUUUUGCGAAUGCGAUGACGUCCCACGACACGAUUCUGCGGUGGGCGAGGAUGGGGGAGUUCCUGUAUAUUUUGUGUCGUUUUCCUAUCCUUUUGCGUUUGGGGUGGCUUCUGGGCUAUGGGAGACAAUGCAGGCGGACACUGGCUGGGGAUUGAUUGGCGAAAUUAGAUACCCGUUUACUGUACUACAAGUUGAAAUUUAGAACAAGAUUGCGAUUGGGUUGCUCUUAUAAAUACUAUUAUUCUUGGCAGUAUGUCUUAUAUAGGCAGGUGAUGUUAGCUUGGUUCUAACAACUUAAGUGAAUGAAUGAAUGAAUGGGGUGGUAUUUCUAUAUGAAUAAGGGGUUGUAGGUAUUAGGUACCUACGUAUAAACUUUCCAACAGCCCGGGUCUCAGAGAUUCACACAACCAACUACCUCCUAGGGCUAGACCAAAUAAUACCCUAUACUGUACUACCUUCAACGAGAUCAUCGCCAGGACUUGGGAAAGAUACAGACGAAAAGCAAAUCGAGGGGAAAGGAAACUAGUAGUAUGGCAAGGGAUCAAGAUCCAGGCCCACUACAGAGAAUUUGAAAGAGUCAUUC